AUGGCAGAUAGUGAUGACGAAUAUGAUCGGAAAAGACGCGAUAAAUUUCGUGGCGAAAGAGGAGCAGCUGAAGGCAGUAGCUACCGCAGCAGCGACAGAAGAGAAGAACGCAGUCGUGGCCGUGAAGAAUGGUCUGAGAGGUCUCGAGGAGGUAGAUCAGGCCCUGACUAUAGAGACUAUAGAGGAGGUGGCAGCGCCAGUAGAGGGUAUUCUCCAGUAAGAGGAGAAGGCCCACCCAAUAAGAGAUUAAGACCGGAAUGGCCUCUUGAUGAUAGAAGAUAUGGUGGAAUGCCUCAUGAUUCAUAUGGCUCUUAUGGCUGGGCUCAUGAUCAUUUUGGUCCACACCCAGCACACCAAGGAUAUGGACAACCCAUGCCUCCUGUCCCUGCUAGCAAUUAUGAUAUUAGGGACGCUGUAUUACCAACUGGUCCAACUGACGGUCCAAGCACCAUGAUGUCUUUCAAGGCAUUCCUUGCAGCACAAGAUGAUUCAAUAACUGUUGAUGAUGCUAUUACAAAGUAUAAUGAAUACAAGCUAGACUUUCGAAGACAGCAACUUAAUGAGUUCUUUGUUGCUCAUAAGGAUGAGGAGUGGUUCAAGAUUAAAUACCAUCCUGAGGAGUCUGUAAAGCGUAAAGAGGAACAAUUGGCUGCACUUAAGAAUCGCCUUAAUGUGUUUCUGGAGUUAUUAGAGCAAGGUGAACUUGAUAAAGUGUCUGUGGAUGUUGACAAGUCAGAUAAACUGAUAAGACUGCUUGACACUGUUGUUAUUAAGCUAGAAGGAGGAACAGAAGAAGAUUUGAAAAUAUUAGAUGAGCCAGCUCCAUCUGAGAAUGCUAACAAUGAAAAACAAGACAAGGCAGAACCUGAGAAAGCUGUAGUAAUAGAUGUUGAUGCCGUUAAGGUGAAGGAUGAAAAAGAAGACAAAGAGGAGAUUGAAAAGGAUAAGAAAUCAGAUCCUGAGUCCCCUAAGCCAACUGCCCCUUUGACUAUGGAGAUUGAUCCUCAUUUGAAGCAAUUGCAGGAGCAGGCGAAAUUAUUCUCGCGUUACAAUACUCCACCAGGGACUGAGCCGGACCUAGAAGUGCCUGAAAAGGAACCACCACCUCCUGGCUCAUCAUCAAGCUCGUCAUCUUCAGGUUCUUCAUCGUCAAGCUCCGAAGAUGAAGGGGAGUCUACUCGUCGCAAAUCCAAGUCGAAAUCGAAGUCUAAAAGCCCAGUAAAAUCGCCCAAAGCAAAGAGUAGGUCCAAGUCUCCUGUUGAAAAGACGGAAACAGACUCUCGCAAGGAUAAAGAAGAUGAUAAAUCUGAAGAAGCGAAUGAAGUCGGACCUGAAAAGAAAGAAGUACGAGCUUUGCAUAAAACAACGUCGAUUUUCUUGAGAAACUUGGCGCCAACCAUUACCAAAGCGGAGGUUGAAGCAAUGUGUAAACGUUACGGUGGAUUUCUGCGUGUGGCGCUAGCUGACCCGUUGCCCGAGCGGCGUUGGUUCCGUCGAGGGUGGGUCACUUUCCGCCGCGAGGUCAACAUUAAAGACAUUUGUUGGAACCUCAACAAUAUAAGGUUGCGUGAAUGUGAAUUGGGCGCAAUAGUGAACCGGGACUUGCAACGUCGCAUCCGUCCCGUGAGCGGUGUGACGAUAGAACGUGUAGUAAUGCGUGCAGACGCACGACUCGCAGCGAGACUUGCGCACCUGUUGGACACACGGACUUCGCUAUGGGGGAAUGAGUCCAGUGAAGAGAAUAACUCGGGUGAACAAAGCAUAAACUUCAACUCCAACAAUCCAGUCUUGCACAAGAUAACAGAGCAUUUGAUUGAAGAAGCAUCAACCGAGGAAGAGGAGUUGUUGGGUCUAGAAGCCACAACUGAGACAAAUGGGCAGGAGGUGGACCCAGAAUUGAUGCGCGUUCUAGACCGGCUAGUCUUAUAUCUACGUAUUGUGCACUCAGUGGAUUACUAUAACCACUGUGAAUACCCAUAUGAGGAUGAAAUGCCUAACCGCUGUGGGAUAAUGCAUGCGAGGUCUGGACCACCUAUUAAUAAGCCAACGCAGCAAGAAAUUCAAGACUAUAUUAAGACAUUUGAGAGUAAAAUGUCCGCUUUCUUGCAAGAUGUCAAACCUUUACCUGAUGAUGAGUUGCAAAAACUUGGAAUUAAGGAUUCUGAGGCCGAAGUUGAGAAGUUUAUUCAAGCGAAUACUCAAGAGUUGGACGUGGAUAAAUGGUUGUGCCCUCUCAGUGGAAAGAAAUUCAAGGGCCCGGACUUCAUUAGAAAACACAUAUUCAACAAGCAUGGAGAGAAGGUGGAUGAAGUCCGUCGCGAAGUAUCCUACUUCAACGCGUACGUGCGCGACGUCCGCCGUCCGCAGCAGCCGGAGCCGGCGACCCGUCCCUCGCACCAUGCUCCACCACACCCUGCGCAUCACGCCCCUCCACCCGCGCCUUACGGCGGUGGCGGAGCGGCAGCUCGUGGUUGGGGCUGGGGCGGGUGGGCGCCACCCGCGCCUUAUGCGCCCAGGCAUCCACGUUUCUCGCGACCCAGGGGCGGCGGCGUCGACCUUCGUCCAGUAAUUCACUACAGAGAUUUGGACGCCCCAAGAGAACCCGACGAGUUCAUAUAA